CACAGAGAAUACUCGGCAUAAUAUUUUCGUAUCGUUUUUUGAUUGAAUAUGAAAUCACAAUGUUCAAUCGAAGAUUAGUUUAUCGUGGGGUUAUAUAUGCAGAGUAAACACCGAAGAUAUUUGAUACAUUCGCUGUUGUGAAAAUGAUAUCUCUUUCGUUUCGAAAAACUUGUACGGCAUCAUCUGAGGACAACAACGCAUUGAACAAUGCAACACAACAUUUCUGAUUUAGCAAUUUCAUUGCUUAGAGACUUGUGUAGUUAUACGUAUUCGACUAAGAAAAAUGUAGUUUUGUAUACCUUCAGUAGAUGUUUGUCCGAUUCGUUUUUCAACUGUAUUGCUAGGAACGUAAUGCAGUCGUACCAAGCCUUUUGUUAUGAAAGUGUGUAGAAUAUAUCGAUCCCAAAGUUAAGACUACACAUCACCGGAUCAUUGUACACAAUGGCCGGCAGUGUUAAAAGAAGAAUUGCCGAAUUUUAUCGUCGUCAGCAAUUUCGUUUUCAAAAUCCGAGACAAACAUUUCGAAUAGCAAUUCGAGGUACCAAAGAAAUCAAAGGAUUAUCAGUGUGCUUCGGGACGUUAUGUGUUGUUGACUUAUUCGGUGUUUUUCCCAUUAUCGCACUACCAGCUGCGCUUAUAAAUUGCGGAUACUAUGGAAUUCCUUUACUGUUUUUCGUCAUCACCAUUCAAGUGUAUACGGCGGUGAUAUUGGGACGCUGCUGGAUCAUUGCUGAAAAACUCAAUCCGACGAUCAUCAACAAAAAUCGUUAUCCGUAUGCUGCAGUAGCCGAGCUUGUUUACGGAAAAUGUAUGAGGAAUUUCGUUACAAUAUUGCUGGAUAUGACAGUGUUUGGAGGAGGCGUUCCGAAUUUAUUAGUCGCUGCACAAAAUCUUCAACUGCUUGGGAACCGAAUAAGCAACGGAAACUUUUAUUUCUCAUUUUGUUAUUGGCUCGUACUGAUUGGUCUGUUCAUGUGUCCGAUUAUGUGGCUUGGCUCACCAAAGAAUAUGAAAGCAUUAGCAAGUGUAUCAGUAUUCACGUGUUCAGCGGUUGCGCUGCUCAUUUGGGCUGCCAUCAUUUUGGACGGUACGGAAUAUCGAUUCAAGGGAAUCGAAUUGGGUGCACCGUCGAUCGAAAAUUUAUUACAAACAUACGGAAUGAUAAUCUUUCAAUUUGACAUACAUCCGAUGCUGAUGACCAUUCAAGUGGAUAUGCAACAAAAACACAAAAUUGGAUCGGCCGUUUGCCUUGGCAUAAUUAUAACGUCCUUUAUGGCCGUGACUACCACGGUAGUGGCUGGGUACCGAUAUGGAGCAUCGAUUUCGUCAAAUGUUCUGGAAAUAUUACCGAAGAGCAACGUUUUAUAUUUCGCAAUCAUGCUGGUCACUCUGCAACUGUGCUUAUCGAGUGCCGUUGGAACAUCGCCUUUGUUUCAACAUAUCGAAGAACAGCUGAAAAUUCCCAAAAAAUUCAGCCUGAAACGAUGUUUGGUUCGGUCACUCCUUCUGGGUCUCGCCGUAUUGUUGGGUGAACUGGUACCGAAAUUUGACCUUGUCAUGGGAAUUAUUGGAGGCACACUUACCGGUCCGUUAAUGUUCAUACUGCCACCGUUGCUCUACACAAAAAUUCUGAAAAUGGAACAAUCCUACGACAAUGAACUGAUCAAAGGCAUCAUAGCGAGAACGUCUGCAUUGGAUGACGAUAGUGAAGAAGAUUACACUUUGAGACAGAGACGGUACGGGACGUUUAAGGCGCAAAAAAUUCCGGUACCCAGCAAAUGUUGUGCAAAAUUCGGGACGACGAUUUGUAAAUUGUUCUAUUUAUUGUACAGCGACUAUGUCCUUUCAGUUGCUGUAAUUAUUUUCGGAGUAUUAGCGACGGUAGCUUCGACAUAUUUUAAUUUGUUCAAUGUGAGGAGUGUAUCGGAAUUUUGGUCGCCAUGCAUCUACAACAUUAGCUACUCGUUUAUACCAUAGAAAGCAUCCACAAACAAAUGAAAUCCCUCGA